GCGCGGAUGUAUAUAGCAAUAAUGAUAAUGAUGAUAAUAACAGCGUUGCGUAUAUGUCGUGUUGAGGAGAUCGACGCCAAUGAAGCACAGGCAAUUACUGCGUCAGCUAUCGCGGCUUGACUCGACGUGUACGGUGGCGGUGAUUGGCCGCGACCGCAGAGCGGGAAAUCCCCGUUGAAACCUGCUCAGACCGCGGUCGCGUCCCACCGCGAUUUCUCGGCAGUCGCAGUCGUCUCAUAUUCGUCUUCCUCGUCAUUCCUCGUCGAGUGGAGCAACCUCGCGGCUCGAUCGCUCGAAUUAAAACGCGGUUGAUCGUUGAUACUGAUAGUGUCGCACAAGUGCAAGUGGACGCGACUGGUGGCUGCUUUUCUUCCCCUUUGCGGACUUGUAUGGACGCGUAUUAUUGUUUACGUGGAUAAGUUACUGUUACAUGAUAAGACUAAGGUGAAAGUGUAGAUAACGACCCAACGAAUAAGAGAUGGAUUCGUUUAGUAAUUACAGCAAGAACGACUUGCCGGAGAUGUAUCCGUCGUUCAUUAAUAUGCACGAGGAUGAAAACGAACAUUUGCUCUUGGAUAUGGAUUCUCUGGUGCCCAGACGGAGCAAUUUCUUAGCAAAUCGUGGAUGCGAAUUGACCAGGAAGAAAUAUUCAUUCGAUGACGAGAACGAGAAGAUCGACGGCACUGGAUGGUUGGACAAACCUAUCAGAAACUGGUGUCAGGAGGAAACAAUAAACUGGCUUGUGUCAGCCGCGUCGUAUAUAGGCCAACCUUACAGCUCCAUUCAGCACAGUCUCGCAGUUCCCGGGAAAGAGAUCGUCGCUUUUACGCGACAAGAUUUUAUCAAUCACGAUCCUGUAUACGGCGAUCGAUUGUACGAUCUUCUUCACUCGCAACGUGUUUCGAAUCUAUUGCCGUCCUUUGGUACUAUUCAGUCACAAUCGGAAGAUGAGUAUGCGCGAAUCGGUUCCAGUAAUAUAUCCGACGCAGAAUCAGACAACAGUGUGGAGGUUGCAACCAAAAGAUUACCUGGCAGACCGAGAAUAUUAAAGACAAAAAAGAACCCUGCCAGUCAAGGGAAACUGUGGGAGUUUAUUAGAGACUUGUUACGUAACAGAGAAACAUGCCCUAGCUUGAUUUGCUGGGAGGAUUACUCGCAAGCCAAGUUUCGCUUUGUGAAAAGCGACGAAGUAGCGAAACGAUGGGGCUCGCGAAAAGGGAAUACAAAAAUGACUUAUGAGAAGCUUAGCAGAGCUAUGAGGUAUUAUUAUAAAAGCAAAAUAUUUCUGCCGGUACUCGGUCGAAGAUUGGUAUACCAAUUUGGUCCAAAUGCAAAAGGGUGGCAAACGGACAACCCGAAUUUCCGGCACUAAAACCGACUCUAUCAAGGAAAAGAGAAGAGGAGGGGGAGAGGGAGGGGGAAGGAAGAUCUAUGGUAAUCGAAUAUGCGCUGGACAGAUCAAGUGCGAAGCUCAACAAUCUGCUUUUUUAUAUCAUUAAGAAGACAAUCGUUCCAGUUGUUCUCGAUUUUUUUAUAUGAUAUUUUGAAAGCGUCAAGUGUGGUUGAAGCAUUUUCUUAGCCAGAAAUAUAAGAUAUAGUUGUAACAACUAUAAAAGUAUAAAUCUGAAGGAAAAUGAGGUAAACAUUCGAUUUUCCUUUCUUAUCUCAGGCUUUACAAUCUAAAAUACUUUAUGUGUAAAUACUUUAUGCGUAAGUACCGUUUAUCAUAUUCUUAAGCCCACUUCCGAUCAAUGACAUUUGGCGGCGAAUAUGAUUGCAACGAAUCUAGACGUAUAAUUACAGGGCAGUCAAAUGACUGCCCCCUCCUUCAAAACGAUAUUACGAAGGAGGAAAUUUUUAUAAAA